GCGAGCAGAACUCUGCGGAGGUGAGCAGAAACAUGAUGACGUACGACCCGCAGGUCAUCCCUCCCGAAAACUCGUCCUUCUUAGAGAGAAACUUCUGCUGCCGAUUCCGCUGCCUUCUCGAUAACUCCUCCGGCUUCCUGGCCCUGAACUUCCGCGGCCGACUCAAGUUCGUCCACGGUCAGAACCGCGUGUCUGAGGACGGGACGCUCGUCCCCCCGCAGCUCGCUCUGUUCUCCAUCGCCACGCCGAUGCAGCCGCCGUCCAUCCUGGAGAUCCGCACCAAGACGCUCAUCUUCCAGACCAAACACAAGCUGGACUUCACUCCCAUGGGCAUCGACACCAGGUGGACGCUCACACACGCACACACACACGCACACACACAC